CUUGGGGCGUGGGCGACGCGGGCGUCUCUCGGAGCUCGCCCCAAGUGUGUGAGUGUGUGUGUGUGCUAGACUGAGUGGAGUAGGUCGACUGUGUGCGCGCCACCAGGGCUCCGCCUGCCUCUCGGUACCACUCCGUCGGCUUAAGCAUUGGACGCCAGGGCUCGUGGCCAUCCCGAGAGUUGAGGAGGAGGAGGUGGACGAGAAGCGCGUGUGGAACCGGAGAAGGAGCGCGGGGCGCGCUCGCGGGGUAGCCGCCGAGGAGAUGCCUGAGUUCCUGGAGGACCCGUCGGUGCUAACGAAAGACCGGCUCAAGAGCGAGCUGCUAGCCAACAAUGUGACGCUGCCUUCGGGCGAACAGCGGAAGGACGUCUACGUGCAGCUCUACCUGCAGCACCUCACGGUGCGCAAUCGGUCUGCGGCGCUGCCGCCGCCCCCGGCUGCCAACAGCCGUGCACCCCCGGACUUCUCUAGCGACGACGAGCGCGAGCCCACGCCGGUGCUUAGUGCUGCGGGCCGCGGCCGAGGAGGAGGCGGUGCCGCCGCCGGAAGGAAAGCCACAAAGAAAACUGACAAACCCAGAUCAGAAGAGAAAGAUGAUAUAGAUGUAUCUGACCUCACAAAUGAAGAGCUGUUGUCUCAACUCGUGAAAUAUGGAGUCAACCCUGGCCCUAUUGUGGAAACCACCAGGAAGCUAUAUGAAAAGAAACUGCUAAAACUGAGAGAUCAUAGCCUAGAGUCAAGAUCUUCAACACCUCUGCCAACAGUUUCUUCAUCAGCAGAAAAUGCCAAACAGAAUGGAAAUGAUGACUCAGAUAGAUACAGUGACAAUGAAGAAGAGCUCAAACUGGAGAAGAGAGAACCACUAAAAAGCAAGUCAAAGACUCCAGUAACACUCAAGCAAAGAAGAGUUGAGCAUAAUCAGAGCUAUUCUCAAGCUGGACUUUCUGAGACUCUCUGGACAAGUGGAUCUUCAAAAAGCGGACCCCUGCAGGGAUUAACUAGGGAGCCUACAAGAGGGUCAAGAAGAACUCCAAGGAAAAGGGUGGAAACUGCAGAACAGUUGCGUGUAGAUGGUGCAGUAAUUUCAGAGAGUCUUCCUAUAGCUGAAACUAUAAUGGCUUCAAGCAACGAGACUGUAGUUGUCAAUAGGGUGACUGGAAAUUUCAAGCAUGCAUCUCCUAUUCUGCCAAUCAGUGAAUUCUCAGACAUACCCAGAAGAACACCAAAGAAACCAUUGACAAGAGCUGAAGUGGGAGACAUAACAUUAACAGAAGAAAGAAGAAUUGAAAGAGAUAUUCUUAAAGAAAUGUUUCCUUUUGAAGCAGCUACACCAACAGGAAUUAGUGCUAGUUGUCGCAGGCCUAUUAAAGGAGCUGCUGGCAGACCAUUAGAACUUGGUGACUUCAGGAUGGAGGGAACCUUUUCAUCAAAAUAUGUCCCCAAAUAUGCUCCCAUUGCUGAUGACAAGACAGAAAAGACAAGAAAAGGACGCUCCAUUCCCAUGUGGAUAAAGAUUUUGCUUUUUGUUGUUGUGGCAGUUUUCUUGUUUUUGGUCUAUCAAGCUAUGGAAACCAACCAAGGAAAUCCCUUUUCUAAUUUUCUUAAUGAUGAGUCUCAGGGACAGGCCAACUGAUUGUUAGCUCUAUGGCACACCCAACCAACUUGGUCUCCUAUUUUUAAUAACUGUAGAAGGAACUCUUGUUGGCUCAAAGAACUACUUUUUAAAAUAAUGUGAUUUCAACUUCUUAAAUUUAAUAUUGCAUUGAAAAUGAACCAGGACAUUGCAAAUGGACACCAGUUUAAGCAUUUUGGAUCUUGGACUACUAGGAGAUCACUUUGUGCCAUAUGAGUAAUCUUUUUUUUUUUUUUAGCACUCUGGAACUUUUUUGUAGGCUUUAUUUUUUUUAAUGUGAGCAUCUUAAUUCGUUUUGGGUUUUUUUUUUGUUUGUUUUGGGGGGUUGUUUUUUGAGGCAAAUGUAUAUUUGCUUUGUGUUUUGGGGAAAUGAGAAAGGCAAAACAUAGCAGAAUAAUGUGAAGCUAAAUGUUUUAAAUGCUCUGAAUUCAUGCAGAAAGGAAUUUUAAAAAUUAUUUCUCCUGGACAGAAUGUUUAGAGGAAAUUUGAAACAAUCUAAUGCAGGAUAAAGGGAAAUUCAUUGGAGAUUGUAUUUUCUAUAAUUGCAGCCAAGUAUUUGAUGUUGUUUAUUUGAAGAAGUACAGCAAUAAUCACUUGUGUAACUUUUUAGUAAUGUUACUGUAAUCCUAUUGUACUCAUUUUUAUAACAGAUUUCAGUAUCAUGAAUUCUAUUAGUAAAUUCACUUAAGCAUAGAACCCAUUUUUACCUGAGGAUCAUUUUUUAGUGUUAAAUUUACAUGUUUAAGAAACUUGUUACUACAGCCCCAUAGUUCAAAACUUAAUCCUUAUUUUCCAGAGAAAUAUUUGUUUCUUGUUGAUUGCAUCAUUGAUUUUAUCAAUUCCAAUUUACUACUAAAAUAACAUUUGGUGAAAUUGUGUAUGUGCAAAGAAUUUAGGAAAAUUAUCAUACCGUGUUUAAAUUUUUUCCAUUCAUUUGGCUUAAAUUGUUACAACUAGACUUUUCACUAAGCAAAUUUUGCCAAUUCUUUUGCCCUAUUACCUAAUGUAAUCUGAUUAUGUUUCAUAAAUGUUUAUUUUUAAAUUGCAUUGUUACUUUCUUGAAUACUCCAUCCUUUACUCAUGAAGUUCUAUACUCUUGAUGUGAAUACAUAGCAUUAUAUGCUGUGUAUUCAAUCUUUGUAGUUGUCUUUUUUUUUUUAAUUUACCUCAUUUAUAACUUGGUUAAGUAGACAGCUGAGAUUUCAAUAGAAUCAAGUGAAAUGUGUAAAAAUUAAAAUGUGUGCUUUUGAAUUUGAAAUAUACAGUCAUUGAUCAUAUAGUAUACUUUAUACAAAUAAGUUAUUUUAAAAUACCGUGUCUUAUAAAGACUGACAUUUCUAAUAAAAGAAUAAACAAAAGACAUAUGUUUAGAUGGACACUAAAUUUUGAUCUGAACUAGACAUAUUUUAAUGUUUAGUUUGUAAAUAUUUUGUAGGCAUUUCACCUCUUUUGUAGCCAAGACCAGACAUUCUAAUUUUAGAAUAAAGGGACUGAAAUCACAACUCUUAACAUAGAAAUAUUUGCUGAUUAGAGUGAAAUUAUUUCCUUCUGUUAUGUACAUCACUUCAAGAGAGGGCAUGUCUUAACUUUUUCCACUAGGACAUGACUUGAUUUUUGGUUGCAAUUCUAGUCUUAUUUAGUUAUUAUUUGUUUAGGUCUUAGAUUCUUCCUUUAGAAGCUGUAAGAAGCCACAUUUGAUGUUUUAGGAAUUCAACAUAACUUAGUGUUGUGUAUAUAUAUGUGUGUGUGUGUGUGUGUGUGUGUGUGUGUGUGUGUGAGAGAGAGAGAGAGAGAUCAAUUCUCUCAUAGGGAAAAUGUGGUCCAAAAUAGGAAAGUAGGAGUGAGUUCAACCUCUAGUUAAUUUAAAAAAAAACAAACAAACAUACAAAAAAAUGUACUGUUUUUUCUCUGUUUUAUGCCACUAGAAUAAAUGUGUCCAAGCCGUAAAUUCAAAACAUUUCUUUAAUUAAAUUGUAGAAGUAGAAGUUAAUAUUUUACAAUAUCAUCUUAAUAAAAAUUAAAUAACCUCUAGUUUUGUCCUUGGAGUAAGUGCUUUUCAGAUAGUACAGGCAAUUUCUUAGAACCAUCUCCAGAUAAUAAGUAUUCUCGUGAGAUAUUUGUGAAUUGUGAUAUAAAAUUCUUGAAUUUUUUUCUGUUCUUAAUGUAUCACUCCACUUUUCAUUUAUAAUAUUGGAAUAAGGCAUUCAUUCAUUCAUUAGAUUGUGGAUAAACAAUUGACACAGCCAGAUGCCAUCAGAAGUACCAUCAAUCUCCAUCAUUGAUACUUUUUUUCCUUGUCGUUUUUCCUUCUUUCCUGGUGCCUUGGACCUGUUAGUAAUGCCUCUAAGCUUUCUUGAGCACUGCUGGUGGCCUUGGAAAUGAAAAUCAUUUUUGAUCUUCUUGAAUACUUACACAGUACAUACCAGAAAACUGCCUUCCUGACGUCAUGAUUUCAUCAUCAGUGCUAUACUAAGAAUCACCUUUAAUGUCUUUUCAUGUGACUGCAGCAUUUGUAAUAAGUUCAGGGUCUUUUUUUUUUGUGGGAUUUUUUGUUUUGUUUAAUGUACCUGUAGUACUGCAGGUAAUUUAGAUUUAUUUGUUAUUUCCUAGUUUCAGAUUGCCACCCAGAAACUACACUGAUAACCUUGAAUGUGUGCUUUAUUUGGGUUUGCUUUUCAGAUUGAAAAAGUCUCAGGAAUUAGUCAACAGAGCAUUUGAAAAUAAAGUUAAUGUAAUGCAACAAAAUUAAGACUUAACAUCCUUGACAAUAAGAAUGUUCUGUUAAAAAGUUAAUUUUCUUUGCCCCUGGGAAAAAAUUGGUCUUGCUCGGUACAAUUUGCAGAAAAAGAAACAAAAGUCUAAGCUUUAGACUUGAUCUUUAGGGGGAACCACAGCAAGAUCAUGAACUUGAAAUCCAAUUAUAUGCUUUUUCUUCUGGUUUUAUCAUCCAAAAUAUGACUGGGGUUUACACAUUCCUCUUGUCAACUGUAAUGCAAUGAAUUAAGAUGAAGAUUCUAAUUAACAUUUUUGUGUAUGCUUUCUUAAUUUUGAAUGAAAUGAGAACUUAAAUAGACUAAACAGAAUUAUGUGCUUUUUUUGACUUCACAUUUGACCAGCUUUGAUUAGAAAAAUUACUCUUUCAGGGCAUUAUCGGGCAUUUCAUUAGAAUUGAUACAGACGUCAAGACAUCAUCUUGCAACAGUUUGAAGUAUCCUCAGGAUGUAAUGUCUUAUGUGGAUAGACCGACUGCUCACAGCAUCAUUUAAAGCUUGGUUCUUCUGUUAAGCUAAAUUUGCUUUGAAAGGAUACAGGGUUGGGGCCACUCAGUGGUAAUAUGGAUAAAGAGCCAGGCCUGGAGAUGGGAAGUCCUGGGUUCCAUUCUGGUCUCGGAUACUUCCCAGCUGUGUGAACUUGGGCAAGUCCCUUAACCCCCAUUGCCUAGCUCUUAACUGCUUUUCUGCCUUGGAACCAAUAUGGGAUCAUUGGAAGCUGGCAGGUAAGGGUUUAAGAAAAAGAAAAAAGUCAGUGCAGUGGAGACACCCCUGGAGCAGAAAUCUGGAGGCUUUGCUUGAAGUCUAAACAUGAUCCAUCGCUGAUGAAUUGUGUGACUGAUCAAGUUCCUUAUCAGUGGGCCUCCUUUCCUUGUGUAUGAAAUCUGAGGGGUCUAAACUCACUCAAUUAUUAAGAUUUCUGGUGUUUUUUAUAACUUCUCAAGAAGGAGCUUAUUUUGUUGGGAUUGGAUUCCCCACUUGAGAUGACAUUUCUGGGUAGAAAAUGUAUUGCCGCUGGUUUGGGCCGAAUUUUAAAAGCUCUAGGCCCACUGUUUGGGGAACAUGGGGGGUUUCUGUCCCAGCUCCUCAGAGUUGGAAAGAUUCUUAGAUCGGCUUUUCCACAUUAGCAAAAUUAUAAAUCCUAUUAUACCUCCCCCAACAAAUGCUCCUCCAGUCUCUGCUUUAAGACCUAUAGUUAGUAAGAAAGUUGUGCCCCACUGUGACAUCGCUCUCCUGAUUCUGCUCCCUUGGCAGCCUUCUCUGAAGUCAUCCCUUCCUCGGAUUCCCUCGCAUGACCGUUUUUCCAGCCAUUCCCCUGUUCGUGGGUCUCCCCUGGGUUUCUGACACUGCAGUGCUUAAAAUCCUUGAAGAUACUGUCCUGGCUCCAUCAAAUGUUUUCCCGAGGUUGAACAUCCUCCCCUCACAUCUGGUUUCUGGACCCUCAGGCUUCCUGGCCACUUUGCUUUGGGUGUGCUUCUCUGCGUCCUUCCUGAGCCCCAGCCCCAGAAUCAAACACCCUCACCUUGAUGGCAUCCCUUCUUAAUGCUGCCUAAGGAUGCCUGCAGGACUCUAACUCCUUGGGCUUUUUUUGCCUUGACUAUGACUAUUUCAUUUUUACUCCACCAUUCCAGUCCAUUUUUGUAACCUGUUUUUGUCAUCCCAACACGUUUUGGCCCUCCUAGUUUUUGUGUCACCUACAAACCCCAUUGUUCCCUCUAUCCUUUUAUCCAAAUCAACCACAGAGAUUGUUGAAUUUUACAGUCCUGAAGCAAAGAAUUCUACAACCCAUUGGAGACAUCUCUCCAAACGGACCUCUUAACAUUCAUCAAUUUUGGAUUCACUUGGUCAAGUACAAAUUCGUGUAAUUACACUAUCAUCUCCUACAUCUCAGCAUUUAAAGACAUGAGGAUGUCUAUAAUGAGGUCAGCAGCCUUGCUAAACUCGCUGUACUAUCCCCAUUUUGCACGUUGCCAACUGAGCGGAGUAUCUACCUCCCCCUUUUGAAAAUUCAAUUUAGCGUUUAUGUAUAAUUCCAGGGUGCCACUCCUGCAUUGAGAGCAGCAACAAUAGUUCAAUUAAAUUCAUAAAUUCUUUCAGCAUCCUGAUGUGCAGCGGAUUCCAUUUUGGUGACUUGAACUCAUUGAGGGGAGGUAGGUUCUUUCCAUCUCAUUUAAAUCUGAUCUAAUUUCCCAGUAAAUCUCUGAUUUGAACUUUAUAAUUUAUGGAGAAAAUAGGAGUUUACUAGUUCCAACUUCUAUCAAUCUUCAAUUUUCCAUUCAGGACAAGGUUAUACACACACACACACGUGUACAAUAUUGUCUCCUAGGACAGUAUCUAGCAUAUGUAUGUAUGUAUGUAUAUAGUAAAUGUUUAAUAAAUGCUUAUUGAAUCUC